ACUCAAAAAUCUGCUCGCCAAAGUGAUUAUUGACAGCUAAACUUCUUAUCUUUCAACAUUCACCUUGAUAAAUCAGCAAUCAUCCCAUAAAAUGGCAUCAUCAUCUUUUCGUAUACUGUGCAUCUUGUUAUUAUGUUGUUCAAUUGCAUUCGGAUCUGACCCCAGCCCUCUUCAAGACUUCUGUGUUGCAGAUACAAAAAGUCCAGUUAUGGUGAAUGGCUUUGUUUGCAAGGAUCCAAAACUUGUACAAAAAAAUGAUUUCUUCUUUAGCGGGCUUCACUUGGCUGGGAACACAUCAAAUGCAGUUGGAUCAAGAGUGACUCCUGUAGCUGUCGCCCAAAUCCCAGGGCUUAACACUCUAGGAAUAUCUUUGGCUCGAGUGGACUAUGCACCUUGGGGCAUUAAUCCUCCACAUACCCAUCCUCGAGCCACUGAAAUCUUGACUGUCAUUGAAGGUACACUGCAGGUUGGUUUUGUCACAUCAAACCCUGAGAAUCGAUUGUUCAUGAAAGUGUUGCAGAAGGGGGAUGUGUUUGUAUUUCCAGAAGGUCUCAUCCAUUUUCAGCGCAACGUGGGAUAUGGUAAUGCUGUUGCCAUAGCUGCUCUGAGCAGCCAAAAUCCCGGUGUUAUCACGAUUGCAAAUGCUGUUUUUGGCUCUGAACCAGCUAUCCCUAGUGAUCUUCUUGCAAAGGCCUUCCAAGUUGAUGGGAAGAUAAUUGACCAGAUACAGUCCAAAUUCUAAACAAAUUUUCCCACCUUUAACACCCCAAAUACAAUUCUUUUGUUGUAUUAAUUCGCCUACUUCAUUAAGUUGUUUAUUGUAUUGAUUCUUUGGAUUCUUUGUAUUGCCUGAAAAUUCUUCCAACUCAUUCGUUAUUAUUUCAGAAAUAACUUUUUAAGUCUGAUCCUUGUCUCUAUGUUCUGGAUAUGUCGUGCAGUUUUGUCCAUUCAUUAGCAUUAAGACAAUUUGGUUGUCUUAUUAUUA